AUGUUGUUUAACAAUGCUAAGUCUAUGAAUGUGCGACUGACAAAAUCAAUAAAAACAUUAAUAGAAAGUUAUAACACUCUGGCACACAACACAGAUAUAAAUCAUUCAAUUAAGUAUAAGUAUGUUAGACUUUCUCAUAGCAACAAAGUUAACCUUGUAAGAAAAUAUUCUACUAUUAUCAAUAAUGAACAAACGUCUAAAUUAGAUAACUAUGAAAAUUUUAAUGAGAAACCAAGGAUAAAUCCAGUAGGCAUUCAAUAUUUGAGCAACUCGUUACAUAAUCAAGUAUUCGGUUCAAAUAAAAUUAGUAAAAAGGAAUCAAAGAUGUCAGCUAAAGAAAAAGAACAAUUGAUUGAUUUAUCAAAAUUAUUAUUGAAGAAUCACGGUUUAUUAAAUAAAAAAACAAAGAUAGAAGAACCUAUAUCAUUUGAAUUACCUAAAUUACAAGGCAAUUCACUGGAUGAACAUUUUCAAAAAAUCGGUGGGUUUGUAUCCGAUCCAUUUAAACAAAAAUGUGAAUCUAAAUUUAAAAAACUUUUACCAAAACCAGAUAUAUGGUUGUUUAAAUCAGGAUGGUAUAGGUAUGAACUUGGUAAUUCAAUUCCGAAGAAAGUUGCAUAUCCAUUGGAAGAUACGUUAGUAUUUGAUGUAGAAACGUUAUAUAAUAUUUCAGAUUAUGCAACUUUAGCAACGGCUGUAUCCAAUAAAGCGUGGUACUGUUGGGUGUCACCUUUUUUAACUGGUGAAUCAAGAACUUACAAACAUUUGAUACCAUUAAACACAUUAGAGCAAGAAAAACUAAUUAUUGGUCAUAACGUUGCAUAUGAUAGAGCAAGAGUGUUGGAAGAAUAUAAUUUUAAACCUUCUAAAUCAUUUUUCUUUGAUACCCAGUCAUUACAUGUUGCAUCAUCUGGUCUUUGUUCAAGACAAAGACCAGCAUUCAUUAAAAAUAAAAAAAGGAAGCAAAAAUCAGAGGAAGAAAAUAUAGAAGUGCCAGAAAACGAUGCACUGGUCGCCGAAGAUCCAUGGUUAGAUGUUGCUUCGAUGAACUCGCUGAGUGAUGUAGCAUUGCUACAUUGUAAUAUUAAAAUGGAUAAGAAUCCCAGGGAUUUCUUCGCAUCAAAAGACAAGCAAGAAAUUGUUGAUAAUUUUCAACAUUUAGUAAAUUAUUGUGCAACAGAUGUAGAAGUUACUUCUAAAGUGUUUGAUAAAGUUUUCCCACUGUAUAUGGAAAAAUGUCCUCAUCCGAUAUCAUUCGGUGCGUUGGUUUCGUUAAGUAGUUGUAUUUUACCAACAAAAUACGAUGAAUGGAAGAAUUAUAUUAAUAAUUCUGAGGGUAUUUAUCAAGAGUCAAAAAACUUAAUUGAGAAGAAAAUUAAGGAAAUCAUGGAUGAAGUUGUUAAUUCCAAAGAUGAUCCUAACUUUCAAAGCAUUAUCAACAAUGAUCCUUGGUUGAGGCAACUGGAUUGGACUAUUAAACCAGUUCGGAUGUCCAAGAAAACUAAUCAACCAUCAAUAAAAAAAUUACCAGGAUAUCCAGAAUGGUAUAGAGCUCUGUUUCCAACCCAAGAAAGCAAAGAUCCAAAAGUCACAAUUAGAACAAGAAUUGUACCGUUAUUAUUUAAAUUAUCUUGGGAAGGUCAACCUGUCGUUUGGACUAAGAUGAGUGGAUGGUGUUUCCCAGUUGAAAAACAAGAUGUCGAAAAUAUGAAAAAGAAAAAUUACCUUUUAGCUGAUGACAUUGCUAUACAAGCAUAUAAUGAAGAGCUGAUUGAAUUGGAUCCAAAAGCCAAAGGAGAUACGGUAUUAUUUAAAGUUCCACAUCCAAAUGGGCCAGAAUUUAAUUGUACUUCAUUGUUAAGUAAGCCUUAUAUUCAUUAUUUUGAGAAAAAUAUUAUGACGUCACGAUCUCAACAUGCUCAUGAAGCAUUAAAAAUUAAUUCGUCAGCUUCAUAUUGGAUUUCCGCUAGAGAAAGAAUAAUGUCUCAGUUUGUUGUUAAAAAAGAAGAUUUUUCAGAUCAAUUUCAAACAUUACCAUCAAAUAAGACACAAAAUAGUCUGGGUGAUAAUACGUCAAUAAUCUUACCACCAAUAAUUCCAAUGGGUACUGUUACAAGGAGAGCAGUUGAAAAAACUUGGUUAACGGCUUCAAAUGCUAAAAAAAAUAGAAUAGGUUCUGAAUUGAAGGCAAAGAUUGUAGCCCCUGAUGGAUAUUGUUUUGUAGGAGCCGAUGUUGAUAGCGAAGAAUUAUGGAUUGCUUCCCUUGUUGGUGAUUCCGUGUUCAAUGUUCAUGGUGGAACUGCUAUAGGUUGGAUGUGUUUAGAAGGCACGAAGAACGAAGGUACUGACUUACAUACUAAGACUGCUGAUUUAUUAGGUUGUUCUCGUAACGAAGCUAAGAUCUUUAAUUAUGGUAGAAUUUAUGGUGCAGGUGUUAAAUUUGCAUCUCUUCUACUUAAAAAUUUCAAUCCGACCUUAUCAGAACAAGAAGCUAAGGAAGCUGCAUCGAAUCUUUACGCAAAUACCAAAGGUCAAUCCAAAACGUCUAAAAUAUUUAAAAGAUUUUGGUUCGGUGGAUCUGAAUCUAUAUUGUUUAAUAAACUAGAAAACAUUGCUAACCAAGAAGUUCCUCGAACACCUGUUCUAGGUUGUGGGAUAACAAGUUCUUUAAUGAAACAAAAUUUAAAUAUAAAUAAAUAUUUACCGUCAAGAAUUAACUGGGCUAUUCAAUCUUCUGGUGUUGAUUAUUUGCAUUUACUAUGCUGUUCGAUGAGCUAUUUAAUUAAGAAAUAUGGUAUUAAUGCUCGAUUAUGUAUUUCGAUUCAUGAUGAAAUAAGAUUUUUAGUUUCAGAAGAAGAUAAAUAUAAGGCUGCUAUGGCAUUACAAGUUAGUAAUAUUUGGACGCGAGCUAUGUUUUGCGAACAAAUAGGUAUUGAUGAUUUACCUCAAAAUUGCGCAUUUUUUUCUGCUGUUGACAUUGAUAAAGUGUUGAGAAAAGAAGUUGAUAUGGACUGCAUAACUCCAUCAAAUAAUAUUCCGAUUCCUCACGGAGAAAGUUUAACGAUCACUGAUUUAUUAAAGAUUCCCUCAAGUAUGUUACGAGAUCCUGAUCCUGAUAUUAGAGUCGAAAAGUUCUCUUAUAAAUAUAGAGAUAGUGUAUUUUCCAACUAUAACCGAGCCUACUCAAAAGAAUUCUCGAAGUUUUAUUUGAAAAUGCAAAUUUUGGAUUCGAAAUGGAAAGUAACUCAAGUCGAAAAUGAAUACAUAGAGUAUGAAAGAACAAAAUCUUUAAGUGAAAAUCAAAAUAAACCGGAAUAUGGUUUAUUGGAUUUUAUGCAUGAUAUCAAAACGGGUAAAAGAAAGAAAGCAAGUAUUAUGGAAAAUCAAGCAUUAAUUCAGCCUAACCUGAAUGAUAACGAUAAUAAAAGAGAUAAUUAUAAUCUAUCGAAUGAUUAUUUGAAUGCUUCUAAUUACUCUAUUUUACAUGAAGAAAUUCUAAAACCAACGUCUAUUCUCGCACAAAAUGACCAACAAGCUGUAACGAAAAAUAUUACCAACGAAGGUAAAGUCAUAGCAGAUAACGAAAUUAGCUUAAACAAAAAAUCUAUCACUAAAUCCCUAGGAUCACAAAAAUCUAAGAAGCAAAAAUUAAUUAGGAAAAAAUCAUUUGAUUUAUUUCAUCAAGCAGUUGGAAAAUCUCAAGAGUACAUUAACGAAAGACAACAAAAAUUAAUUAAGAUUUCAACCAGCAAAGCGGUGGAGGAUAUAUUGAGAGAGCCGGUGAAAGAGGUUCAAAUAAACUCCAAAAAAUCUAAAAUGAUUUACAAGAAUUCGUUAAGCUUCGAUGUUUCAAAUAGAAACAAGUCUCGCAAAGACAACGAAAGGACAAAUUUAGUUCCAAGUGAAGUCAAUUCAAAGAAACCUACGCCUUUGUCAUUAAAACACAGCACUGAAUAA